AUGGCUGGUGACCCAGAUCAAGAUGACAGGGAUUUCAUUGCUGAAAACAUGGAUGCAGACCUUCAAUUCAUUUUGAGUGAGAGUGGAGUUUCGUUGCAUCGCCAGGCGGCAAUUGCCAGGCGUUAUGGAUCACUUAAGAAGUUCAAUGCAAUUGGAGACGAUCGUGCGCAGCUGAGAGUUGCUUGUUUACAAGAUUUUGCCAUCCCUCAGGACACUCCUGAUAACAGGGCAGAGGUUGCAGCGAUUGUUGCGGCCUGGGAGACAGCAAAGGAGUUUGUUUCCAAAGAAGUUGAAUUACGGGCUGAGGCAAAGGUACUAGGUAAACCAAAGAUCUUGCAGUCUCACGAGCGACAGUCAAUGAUUCGUGCUGUGGAAAGGAUUCAUGGGACUUUGGGCGAGUCUGAGACGCCGAGCUCAGAUUACCUUGCGUUGAAGGCUGAGGAGACGGAGCUGAACGAGCCAUCGGCAUCGCCCUUGGAUGAGAUCAUUAGCAAGCGUGACAAUGCAAGUUCCACAAUUCAGUCUUCUGUUGACACUUCAGGGCACUUGAGGGUGACUAGGACGAAGAACAAAGCGAAGAUGCCUAGCAAUACAGAAGAGUAUCGAAAGGUCAUGAGGGUCGAGAUGUUUGCUUGGUUGUGCAUGUCAGCACGGUACAGGGCGAAGAAUUGGCUUCAUGGAUUGGAGGCGUCUGACUUAUUGAUACCUUCGUGCAGUGCAAAUACAUUUGCCAUCCAGCAAUGCCAUUUUGGCGCACUUACACCCAAGCCCACCAGAUUCCUGUCUACGUUUGAGUUUCAGGAUGACAGGUGCCAUUUUGGACUGCCUCGUCUGGACAAGCUUGGGGCGUACAAAGGUCCCCUUCCAAAAUCAUGCGGCCACUACCACCAACACAAGCUUUUGGGGAAGACUGCAAAUAAGUGGAAUACAAGCCCGAGCGCAUCAUACCCGCCGGGGCUCUGCCGAUUUUUGGCUGAGUUGGUCCUCAAUGCAAUAGCAUCCUGCGGAAGGGGGAAGUCGAACCAACCCCAGCAAGUUGUUGGGACAUCUGGAGAACAAGGUUCUGGUAAGGGAGGAAGUUCCUCUAGCAAGGGUUCAAGUUUUGAGCAGAGUUCUGGCAAAGGAGGAAGUUCCUCCAACAAGGGUUCAAGUUUUGAGCAGAACAACACAGCGACCACAACUUGCAGAGGAAGUUCCUCUGCUUCACUUGGUGCGGUUUCAAAGAGUUGCACGGUUGCUUUCACUGGUUCACUGGAGGGCGCUUCAAAGAGUUGCACAGUUGAUUUGACUGGUGAGGACUCCAAGGUUGGGGAGUUAGAUGCAAAUGAGGAUGUUGAUGAGGGCUUUGACAUGGAAGCAUGUUGCAACUUUGGCCCUCCCAUCAAAGUGGAAUGGGAUGGCAAGACUCAUGACUUUGUGGAUGGAUUUGGAAUGUGCUCACCUACCAGGUGGGCUCCGCAGUCUAGGGGCCACAACAGGAAGCCACACAUGAAAGCUCUUGCAGCCGAGACUUACAAACGUUUACAUGCUGCGGUGAUAGAUGCAAUCAAGGAUGUCAGACGGGAGGCCUUCAAGUUGGUCACAGGGAAACUCCAGGCUUCCCCUUUUUCCCCAGAGUUGCUCCACAAAGUCAGGUCCCAGGUGGCAUCACUUUUGAGGGACCCCACUGAAGCGAUGGUAGUGGAUACUGGGCAGCCCUUCUUAUUGCGGCUCUUGUCACAAUGGCUGGAAGUUUUCGAAGACCCUGAUGUGGCCUGCCUGGUUAACACAACAGAUUCAUUUGCCACUGGGGUGAAUGUUGGGGUGGAUGAUCCUUUGCCAAGAACACCGCAGGUUUUCCCGCCGAAGGUGAAGCACCGAAAGUUGGAUGGGACGGAGUUCAACCCCAUUGCUGACAAUUACAUUUCAGGACAAUUGUCGGCCAAGGAGUUGGAAGAUAAGUUCAGGGAAGAGGAGACACUUGGGCGUAUGGAGCCUUCUAAGAUGUCUGUUUUGAAGGCUCGUCACGGUGAGCGAUUGCGUGUGGCGGCAAUGGCAGCAAUUAGCAAGCCUGAUGGUGGUGUCAGGCCCCUUCACGAUGCUACUCAUUCUGUGAUGGUUAACCAUGCAAUCAAAUACAGGGAUCAGUUGCAGUGCCCGGGACCAGCAGAAGUUGCUGCUGUGGUAAGAGAGGCGGUGGAGACCCGGGAGGCUGUGUUUUGCGUUUCGGCCGACAUUAAAGCGGCACAUCGUUUGGUGAAACUGAGGGAAGAAGAUUGGCCCUAUGUGUGCUGCCGUGCCGAUUCCCUAUCAGAGGUGGUUUGGAUCAACAAGGUGGGAACAUUUGGAGUGUCGAGUGCCCCUUACUGGUGGUCGAAGCUUUUUGCUCUUAUUGGACGUUUUGUUGGACAUGUGAUGCAAACCGCAGCUUAUUGGCAUUUGGUUUAUGUUGAUGAUUUGCAUGGAGCGUUUACGGGCUCCCGCAAGUUUGAGCUGUUAUGGGUAUGGCUGUUGGCUUUCGAGGUCAUUGGAACCCCCUUCGGUUACCACAAGUUCAAAGGUGGUUUCUCAUCAGACUUUGUGGGUUUCCAUCUGCGUUAUGACAAGAAUGAAGUUGGGAUCACUGAGAAAAGGGGGUCAUGGCUUCUCAACUGGAUUCGUGCGUUGGAGGAGAAGCGGUAUGUUGUGCCAGCAAGGGAGUUCAGUGAAUUCCUGGGCAGGUUGGGGUUCGUGGCACAGCUUCUGACGUGGCUCAAGCCACACUUGUCGCCAUUGUUUGCAUGGAGCGCUGUUGCAUCACCUGGCAUGGUUGGGAGGUUGCCGGAUACUGUCAUUUUGACAUUACAAUACAUUGCAGCUGAGAUGUCCGGUGAAACCUUCUUAAUUUCUGCAAAGAGACCUGUCUAUUACAACGCUGAGCAAUUCAGGACUGACGCGAAGUGCACCCAUGACAUUAUAGUUUUGGGAGGUUGGGAGUUGGAGUCUCGACGUUGGUUUUCUUUGAAGCUUGAUAGGACACAGGUUCCCUAUCUAUUCAAACCUGAUGGAGGCGGCGCCCAAUGGGCGUCGACCUCAGCGGAGCUCUUAGCUUCGCUUUGCGCCCUGGUUGCAUUUGGCUGGCUUCUCCCUACGUCAGCGAGGCGUACAGUCGCCUUGGCUCUCUCUGCAGGUACUGAUAACAUGGCCAAUGAGUUUUUGAGUUCAAAGAGAGCCACAACGAAAUGGCCCCUCAUGUUGAUCAAUAUGCAGUUAUCAGCGCUGUUGGCCAGGGCAAGGCUGAGCUUGAAUUUGAAGUGGCGCCCACGGGAAGAGAACGUGGAAGCAGAUCAGCUGACGAAUGAGCAGUUCGAGAGUUUUUCUUUGGAAGCCAGGGUUCAUGCGUUGUGGAGGACGAAGUCCCAAUUUGAUGCUGCGAGACAAGAGGCAAAGACUCUCGACAAGCAGGCAGCACCAGAUAAGAAGAGAAAGUAUGAUAAGACACCGUGGUGA